AUGGCAAAAAAAUUUCAUAUUGGUGCUCGUCGUGUUUAUGAAAUAUGGGAGCACAAUGAACGUUUACAACAAGAUCUUAAUUUCCCACCACCUUCUGAUUCUGAUUCUGAUAACUCUUCUAUUUUAAAUAAUUUUCAAAUCAAGAAACCUUCAAUUAUUGAGAUACCGAUUAAAAAAAUAAAAUCCAAGCAUGUUCGUAUUUUGGAUCAACCUUCUAUUAACAAAAAUUUAACCGGAAAGUUAAAUGGAAUGUCAUUAGAAACCAUACUACCUGAAACUCCACAAGAAACUGGAGAUAUUUUAGAACUCCAUAAAAGAAUACAAAAAGAGGAGAAAAAAUUUAGAGCAGUUGCUCGUGCUGAUAUAGCUAAACAAUCUACUCCAAAAGUAUAG